UUGUGUGUCAGUUGUGUCGGCGGUGUCGACUCGGAGUGGACAUCGGAUGACUGCCGUUCGGUGGGACGUUUUGUCGUCUCCACGUGCGGACGAUGACAGCUUUGUGACCGUGGGAACGGAUUUGAGGCUCUUUGACGUCGUUGUCAAGACUGAUUCGUCGGUAGAGCCGAAGGGAGUGAACGUGAUGAAGAUAUCAAGUCGUAGAUUCGCAGUGCGCUCGUCUUUGAACACCGAGGUGCCGUUGCCCAAAUGUGUUGCCUGGAAUUCAUCUGUCAGUGUCAACUCGAAGUAUCUAAUGGCAGUUGGACAACAGAAUGGCAAAGUAACUCUUACAAGCUUUAGAACUUUGGAUGAGCACGAACAUGCUCUACACAGCUGUGAAUUUAAUCCCAAGGCAAGUCGUCCAUGUUUAGCUCUUCAGUGGAGUUCUGACUACCCAAAUUUGCUGGCAGAAGGAUUGGAUAGAUCCAAGGGUGAGGCUUCAUUGUUAGUGUGGGACACAAACCACUUUUCUGACUUCAACGCAAAGCAUUUGUUCAGCAGUCAGAUAACAAGAGAUACUCUUUCGUGUGUUUCAAGACCACUGACAGAAUUUGGGAUGGUAUCGGAGCCCAUACUGUCUCUUGAUUGGUUAAGUGGAAAAUGUCUAGUGUGCUCUAGUCGACAGCACUUGCGUGUUUACGAUCUGAGGGAAGAGGAUUCUAAACAGGCACAGCUGGAGUUGUUCACCAAGGCUGUUUAUUGUGCUAGAGUUGAUCCGCACAAUGAGCAGAGAAUAGCGUCAUUUUUUGAGGGUACUAUUCAUGUGUAUGACCGACGACGAUUUGACAAGCCGAUGGUGAUCAUUGAACGACCGUGCACGUAUAGCAAGCUAGCUUGGUGUCCGACAAGGUUUAGUUGUAUAGCAGCUUUAGUAAAGGACUCAUCUGUCAUACGAUUGUUUGAUGUUCAACAGAAUGAGUUUGAUUUAAUGGCUGUUGAAGAUGACAUGCCACCACCGGUGUUGGAGAGAACAGUCCACUGUGAAGAGAAGCAUAUUCACUCUUUUUCCUGGAUCAAAUCACAGGCAAAUCGCUUACUAGUUAUAGGCAAUCAAGGUGAUGUACGCGAUAUUGCAGUUCACGAGCGAAUUCCUCUGGCGUGGUCUGCAGACAGCCAGUUGUCAUGGGGCAGUGGACCCGACUUAUUUAAUCAUUACUGCCAAGAGGUUGAUUCUCACUCUCACACGGAUGACAUCGCCGAACUGAUGCGACGUCGAGCUAUACAAGGAUAUGGCAUAGAUAUUGCUAAAAACUUGAACAUUGUCAAAGACAACCCGGAAUUGAAAGGGCUAUGGAACUGGAUGGAUUACAUGAUGAAGCUAAAAAAUCAAGGAAAACUGAAGCCUCUUGUUGGUCAUUCACAGUCUCACUAUCCUGGUGUAUAUUCAGUGAUUUGUGAUAAAACUGAUGACAGCAAAGCUAAUGAAACCAAAUAUCCACUACCUGAAGACUUGUGUAACAUUUGGCAACAUCAAAGUCCUGAAAGGGAACGUGCUAUGCUGCUCUGUGGAUGGAACUUUGAUGGUUCCGAAAGUACAUUGGAUGAUUUUGUAAAGAGACUGGAGAUGAACGAUUAUUACGAAAGGGCCGCCGCUAUAUGUCUAUUGCACGGACAUAUACGCCGAGCUGUGUCGACCUUGUUGAGUGGAGCUUCGGCUUCACGUAAAGAUAAAGUCAGAUCUUCAACGUUGAGUCUUGUCAGUAUGGCUUUGGCUGGAUAUUCCAACAACAAAUCACUCUGGCAUGAAAUCUGCAGACAACACAAAGACGAGAUUCAAAACCCAUACCUCGUUGCUGCCUUUGCGUUUCUCACCAGUGAUGGACAGGACUUUGAAUCAGUAUUGCAACCACGAAAUGGUCCUGGCCUACAAAUCAAUGAUUCAGUUGCUAGUGCCUGCAUGUUUCUGGAUAAAACACAGCUUCAUGCACACCUUGGUCGAGUGACUAAGGCAAUGUGCGACAAGGGCAGUCUUGAUGGCAUUCUGUUGACAGGUCUCAGCAAACUUGGACUUGAGCUUCUUCAGAAAUAUGUCGAAAAGACUGGAGAUGUGCAAACAGCGUGUCUGGCGGUGUGUCACGCGGGGGAUACACAGUUAACGAAUGAUUCCAGAUUCAUUGCCUGGAUGGAAGCGUAUGGCUGUCUAUUGGACAUGUGGCAGCUAUGGAAAGAAAGAGCCGAGUUGGAUGUUGAACGCCUGAUGCUUACUGCAGCCACCAAGCCUUCACAACAGGUCUUUGUUACGUGUACUUUCUGUGGUAAAUCGGUGUCAACCGAGACGGCAGCGUCAUCCGAUUCACACCGCACCAGACCGUCCAUGAUGCCACAAUCUGCAACGAUGAGCGGACAGACCAAACCUCGGAUAACGAGUUGUCCUGGCUGUCGAAAACCACUUCCGCGCUGUUCAGUGUGUUUGUUGAAUCUUGGCACUGCCUCCAGUCCCGUUAGACUUCACCCCUCGUCUAGUAAUCAACCGCCUAAGUCCACUAAAAGAGCGUCGUUUGACAGUUGGUUCACAUGGUGUCAAACUUGUCGCCACGGAGGUCACGCCAGUCAUUUGGUUGAAUGGUUCAGGGACCACACUGAAUGUGCAGUCACAUCCUGCUCCUGUCGGUGUAUGAGCCUUGACAGCACCGCUCAUCACAUUGCCGCAUCAAGUUAGCACCGGAAACUACCGAAAAAUGUUGCUGGGCUCUCAUAGUGAGAACACAGACGCGUUUAGCGUUAGAAAUUUCUUUCACGUUUUCUUUUUUUUAUUCCACUCUGUGAGUGAGUGUACUUUUGUGUGAAAAGCAUUGCGGCAAUCGUUCGUUUGCGCAGAACUUCAAUGGAUGCCCGGCAUCACUUGGCUUACUCGUGUGUAAAUAGAGCGGCCUGUCUGCCCUAUUUCGCGCCGCCUAAACCACGCCUAUCGCUUUUGGUAUGUUGUUGACGUGAAUACGUAGUACGUUGUAUCCUCAUGAGCUGCGCGUCAUAGUUUUGUCUCCAACCAACAUUUGACAAUUGUUCAUUGAGAUAAGCAGACAGACGGUUUUGCAGUACGUGUAUAUGCAC